AUGAGACAGUCGACGCCCAUUCUCUGGGUUGUCCAGGCUUGUCUAAUAUGGCUGACAUUGGUUUUGGCAUCACCUACUGCCAUUUCUCAUGAUAAUCUGCUGUCUUCAGACGAUGUCUCUGCGCUUCAGUCGCGUGACACAAAGCCGUUUCCGCUUCGGGUUCUACCGCUCGGUGCCUCAAUUACCAUGGGGUACAAAUCAGCAGAUGGGAAUGGAUAUCGGAAAUGGCUUCGACAGCAAUUGCGCUAUGCUGGCUGGGAUGUUGACAUGGUUGGCACCACGAAAAGUGGUACCAUGCAUGAUAAUGACCACGAUGGACACAUCGGCUGGAGAAUUGAUCAAAUAGCCUCUCAUGCCAAGGAGAUCAUUCCACAACAACCUAACGUAAUCCUUAUCAACGCUGGUACAAAUGAUGCUCUACAAAAAUACAAAGUAGCCACUGCUGGCAAGCGGAUGGACUCCCUCCUAACAUACCUCUUCGACAACAUCCCCAACACAACCAUCAUCCUAUCAACCCUCACAUUCAACGGAGAGGAGCCUCUGCUGAGCACAGAGAUCAACAAGCAAUACCUAGAACUCGCAGCGAAACGUCGAGCACAAGGUGAAAGCCUCGUCGUAGCUGAUAUGAGCAGCUUCAUCCAGUGGAAGCAACUCGUGGAUAAGGUCCACCCGACAGCCGCUGGCUAUGAGAAAAUGGCAUCGGUGUGGUGGGCGGCCAUUCAACAAGCGGAGAAAGAAGGCUUUCUCAAAGCGCCAAAGACCACUUCCACCAAUAAUGCCACUAUCAGCAAGGCCCGUGAAAAGGACCUGAGAUGA